AUGCAGGGCUCACGUCCAGGUCAUAUUCAUUCCAACCGCUUCAGGACAAUCACCAUUGCCCCCCUUUCCGAUUCAUCUGUUUCUGAAUCCUCCGACUCGGAGAAUUUGUCCGAUCCCUCAGAUUCUGGCGACGCUUCCGAUUCACCUGAGGGUGCCGAGGGGUAUAAGGCUUCCUCUGCGGCGGAGGGUCGGAGUAAGCGGACCGCGUUGCCACUCUUGCCUGAGAAGACUAAAGUUCAGCCUGGCCGUUUGGCAUUUAGGAGCCCGAAUAGUGAUUCGACUGGAGGGAGACGGCAGGGCCUUCCGAAGCAGGUGGAACAGGCAAAUGAGAUAUUAGCAAAGCUUCGCGACAGACGGGUCAAAACUCUUAAUCGACUGAAGUCUCUGGGAAAGGACAACAAGAUUGAGGGGUUGCCAGAUAUCAUCCGGUGGGAAAAUAAAGAGAAGCGGUUGAAAGAAGAGAACAGGGAUACGGUCAGCGAGGUGGAGAAGGUGCUUCAAAAAGCCCUGGAAGAUCGCAACCUUGGGGUAACCACAGAAGCAAAGAAAGUGAUUGAGAUGGUGCCAGGGAAUAACAACACAAAGACGACAACACAAGCAAAUAAGGUGUCUGGAAAGGCGCCCGAGGAUCACAACGGAGGGCUGACAAUCCGUGCACAAGAACGCAGCCAGCAGUUGGAGGUCUUACUGUCAGGCAACGAAGAUAAAAUACAGCGGGCAUGGACGAAGAUUGGGAAAAAGCUUAUCAAGGCCGAGAAGCUCAGGAAAAAGAUACUUCACGCGAAAGCGAUACGAGACGUGUUUGCGAGGGAGUUACAUCUUGAGCGCUCAAUACCACGGAAGACCAAGGUCAAGGUUUCAUCCAACAGUGCAAAUCCUUAUAAUGGCAAGAAGCAACCUCAGUUCUCAUAUGAAGCGAUUAAACCUGGUCAAUUCAGGGUCCUUGUUCUACAUCCUGCGAAGAACACGUCAUUUCCUCUUGUCUGUACACUUCAAGCCAAGUCUCUAAAUGAAGAUCGCAACGUCAACUAUGCCGCACUUUCCUAUUGUUGGGGAACAGAUUUAGACCAGCAACGACUGUUGAUAUUCCCCGGCUCUAAGCAGAAAGCGCUUAAGUGGAAAUAUGUUGCACGACACGCUAAGGAGAUGCCCAUUCGGAAAAGCCUCUAUCUGGCUUUGCUUCGGUUACGAAGAAAGGAUGUGCCGAUCGCUCUGUGGGCCGACGCAGUAUGUAUCAACCAGGAGGACCAAAAGGAGAAGACAGAGCAACUCCAGCAAAUGGCCACCAUCUACCGGAUGGCGAGCCAUGUGUGUGUAUGGCUAGGCGAGGCGGAUACUGAAGGGAGAAGCGAUCGCGCGAUGGAAUUCAUACCGAAGCUUAUGGACUUCGCGUUUCUCGAGAGGUUAGCGAACGACAAAGAACAGGCUGGGAACUGGUAUGCUUUGGCUGAGCUUAUGAGAGACCGCUGGUUCUCUCGUCGGUGGGUUGUUCAAGAGAUCUCCCUAGCAAGAUCGGCAGCAGUUCACUGUGGUACGAAGACUGUUCAAUGGGCAGAAUUCGCGGACGCAGUUUCGAUAUUCGUAGCGACUCGGGACAAGAUUAGGGAGUUGUUCGAUUUUGAAACUUGGAAAGAGGGUCCCCAGACAUUGGGAGAGGUCCAGUCGUUUGGAGCAAGCAUUCUGCUUGAAGCAACAAGCAGACUGUUUUUAAGAACACCAAGUGGUGAAAUCCUCCGACCUGUCAAGGGAAUUGAGUCUUUAGUUACCUCUCUAAACACAUUCGAUGCGACUGAUCCCCGCGAUAUCGUGUACAGCCUUGUGUCCAUUGCGAGCGAUACACGAGACACCUCCGUUUAUGUCGAUAAGAAGCAAGGCAAACGGCCAACCCCAUCCUCUCAACUCGUCAUUGAUUACAGACUAGAUGAGAUCGAAGUUUACGAGAACUUCACUAGAUACUGUAUCGAGACUUCAAAAUCGCUGGACAUUAUUUGCCGCUCUUGGGCAAUGCCGCCGAAGAAAGCAAAGGGAUCCCUGCCCUCAUGGAUUCGGCUUCUCCGUGAUUCCGAGUUUGGCGAGCCGGAAGAGGUUUAUGAGGGGCGAAAAAAUGGAGAGUCUCUUAUAGGACCCGUUGGCAAUACGCGAUAUAACGCUUCUGGUGGUAGACAGUUUCGAUCGGUAACACCCAACAUAGAUGAUCACGGUUCUCACCGACAAAACGGCUCGCCACUGGAUGCCCAACAAAAGACGACAUCGCCUGAGGAAGAAGCUAUGCAAGGGCCGUCGACCUUGUGGGUGGAGGGGUUCAAGCUGGCCAUUGUUGAUGAUGUCUCUUUAGUGAAUGCCCCAGGCCUAAUUCCUCGGACUUCACUACGGGGCAUAGGUGGCUGGCCAGGAAUUAGCAAGAGCCCUGAAAGUGUACCAGACCACAUAUGGCGGACGCUGAUAGCAGAUAGAGACUCCGAGGGCCAGAUCCCACCCGCCUGGUAUCAAAGAGCAUGUCUGCGAUGUUUAGAGAUUGCCGAUACCUUUAAUCACGGAGACCUCAAUGUUGGUCAGCUGCUGCAAGGUCCAUCAGAUAUGCUUCGCGGCUAUCUCACUCGAGUCCGCAAUAUUACCUGGAACAGAAAAUUCUUCAGGGCAGUCAUGAGAACUGACCGAGUGGAUACCACUCAAGAAAUACAAAGGUCGAAAAAUACAGACAAGGCGUCAACAUCGGGUCGUCCAGAUGAUGCAGAGUUCGCAUUCCAAGAUGGUCUGUUUGGUCUUUGUCCACCAGGUACCAAGAAAGGGGAUUUCAUCUGUAUCUUAUAUGGUUGCAGCGUACCUCUGGUCCUAAGAGAGGUCUCCAGAAAGUCGUCACAGCACUGUUUUAAGGUAAUUGGUGAAGCUUAUGUUCAUGGUAAGAUGGAUGGUGAGGGACUAGUGGACUGCAAGAGUGGAAAGACAUUGGGCCCGGAGGAGGUCUUUGCUUUGACAUAG